AACGGCCAAUUGUCAAAUAAACAAGCAAUUUCUAAAAGUAAAAUAAGAGUACUGUUUGUGGUGUUUAUUUUUAAUUAAAUACUCAAUUUUAUUGGAAUUUAUAGGAAGUUCCAAUGAGAUGGCAUCUGCAUUGGAGCAGUUUGUAAAUACAGUUAGGACUUCUUCUUCUCACGGUAACUUAAGAGAGCUUUGUGUAUUUAUUACGAAAUCUAAUGAAAUAUUAGUAAAACAUAGUCAACAUUUGGAUAAUGUAUUGGAAACUUUAGACAUCCAACAUCAUUCUUUGGGAAUAUUAUCAGUGCUGUGCGCUAAAUUUAAUGCAUCAUCCACUACUACAGAAACCACAUUCACUCAAGCUCAAGAUUUCAUAUUAAACUGCAACGGAGAACAAAUUAGAUUCGCCCCCGACACAUUUGCUGAAUUAUGUCACCAUAUUACUAAUUACUUAGUGGAACACAAGCAACCUUUGAAAGGGAUAUUAUUAUUACAAAAAGCCAUUUCUAAGUUAAGAUUGUUCGAUUCGCAAUUAACAUCCAUUCACGCCGACUUAUGUCAGUUAUGUUUGCUGGCUAAAUGUUUCAAACCGGCUCUAGAAGUUUUAGAUAUCGACAUUACAGGAAUAUGUCAAGAGAUAUCCCAAAAUCCAUCCACACCCCAGUUUGAUUCGAAAUAUUUUCUUUUAUAUUAUUAUUACGGUGGUAUGAUUUAUUUGGCCGUUCGUAAUUUAGAUAGGGCUUUAUAUUUUUUUGAAGUGGCGAUUACAACCCCUUCGCUUGCCGUUUCUCAUAUUAUGUUGGAAUCGUUCAAGAAAUAUAUUUUGGUUUCCUUGCUGUUACAUGGAAAGGUGCAACCGAUCCCCAAAUAUGCUUCCCAAGUGGUUACGAGAUUUAUUAAACCACUAUCUCUGCCUUAUACCGAUUUAGCAAAUGCCUUUACGUCAAAUAACACAGCAGAAUUAAAUACGGUACUUAAUAAACAUUCUGAGGUAUUUAAUAGAGACCAUAAUAUGGGUCUUGUAAAACAAGUAUCGUCGGUGCUUUAUAAGAAGAAUAUACAGAGGUUAACAAAAACUUUCUUGACUUUAAGUUUAUCAGACGUUGCUAGUCGAGUAGGUCUUUCUAGUCCCGGAGAAGCCGAAAGCCACAUAUUACAAAUGAUUGAAAAGCAACAAAUAUUCGCGACGAUAAAUCAAAAAGACGGAAUGGUUGUGUUUAGAGACGAACCUGAUAAAUACAGCGGUCCCGAAGUUCUGAAAGGUCUCGAAGAACAAUUAACUCUUUGUAUGGAAUUAGAUAGACAAAUUUUAGCAAUGGAUGAGGAAAUACAAGUCAAUCCGCAAUACGUGAAAAAAUCUACGGGUCUACAAGACGAAGAACAACCCAAAAGUACAUACGCUAUGUAAUAAAUUAUGGAAAAUACGCAAAAACGGGAUAGAUAAAAUCGAAUUUUUGUUUUCUUUUAGUUGUAUUGGAGUUUUGAUAUAAAUGGCGUUUAUUACAAGUUGUUUCAAACUAAUAAAAUGAAUAAUUAAAUUUGUUUAGAUGUUAAUAUCGAUUUUACAGGUAUAACGAACAAAUAUCGAUGAAUUUUUGGUGUUUAAUACCUCAAAUUAAAGUGUAUACUCAAUUUGAUAACUAAUUUUUCGUUAAUUAACCAUUUCGUUUAAACUAUUUCCAUUAAUAUACAUCCGGAAGUAAUAUAACUGUUGAACCAGUCAAUUUGAUCGAAAAUAAAAACUGUUGUAAUAAUUAUUUUUGACAAAAUACUACCGCAACUGAAAAAAUUGAAUUAUUAAUGAAAAAAUCCGUAAUUUUUUGGUUGUUUUUCCCAAUUAAAAAAAAAAUUAAAUUAUAUUUUAUCGAAA